AUGGCAACCAUUCUUGGCUUGCGCAGAGAGAAUCAAUCUCUUCUCCUUCUCUCUCUCCUUUCAUCAAUUUCUUCUCUGUACUGGAUAAUAAUCUACCUUGUAUAAUAGGGUUUGUUUGUUUCUUUGUUUGAUCGAUCAUCCGCUAAAUAUUCGACCUUUUCUAGACUACCCAACUUUGAUCCCAACUACCCAUCUGGAAUUUUCUGAAGAAUCGUCUCAAAAUUAGGUUAUUUUGUAUGACGAGAUUGACCAGAAGCUGAAUUUAUGGAUAAUUUAUGUUGUUUCGGCUCUAAGCUUUCAGGAGGAAAAUCAUCAAGUGGGUCUGGUAAAGGAAGAAGUCAUAAGGAUGGUCGUGUUAAGUAUGGAUUCACUCUAAUGAAAGGAAAAGCAAAUCAUCCUAUGGAAGAUUUUCAUGUUGCUAAAUUUUCUCAAUUUGAAGGACAUGAACUUGGUCUUUUCGCCAUUUAUGAUGGUCAUCUUGGUGAUAGAGUUCCUGCCUAUUUACAGAAAAAUCUAUUCAAUAACAUCCUAAAAGAGGGAGAGUUCUGGACUGAUACGCGACGAUCGAUUGGUAAAGCGUAUGAAAAAACGGAUCAAGCAAUUCUAUCGAAUAGCGAUGAUCUUGGAAGAGGCGGUUCAACUGCUGUCAAUGCCAUUCUGAUAAAUGGUAGAACACUUUGGGUUGCUAAUGUUGGAGAUUCACGAGCUGUUCUCUCGAGGAGUGGACAGGCCAUACAAAUGAGUGUGGACCAUGAGCCCAAUACCGAACGUGACAGUAUUGAAGAUAGGGGAGGGUUUGUCUUAAACAUGCCAGGAGAUGUCCCUAGAGUAAACGGUCAAUUAGCAGUUUCUCGUGCUUUUGGCGACAAGAACCUUAAAAGACACUUACGUUCCGAUCCUGAUAUAACUAAUUCUGAUAUCAAUUCCGACGAGGACCUCCUAAUCCUUGCUAGUGACGGUUUAUGGAAGGUUAUGUCUAAUCAAGAGGCGGUUGACAUAGCAAAGAAGAUUAAGGAUCCACAGAAGGCGGCAAAGAAGUUGGCAAUGGAGGCUGUGGCGAGAGACAGUAAAGAUGAUAUUUCGUGCAUUGUUGUUCGAUUUGGGUAUUGAAAAAUUGAGUAGUUGGUUUGCGAUUGUACAAUGGUUAGAUUCUUCGCGAACUGCCAUAAGUUUGGAAGGUUCAUCCUCCUAUCACUCCCUCUAUUAUCUGUUUGUGUAAUAUUAUCAUUUUGCCACGGUUUUUGUUAUUCUUGUGUUCUGGCUCGAGUAGGUUCCGUUUAUGUUUAUUCUUUCUCGGGUUUCUUUCUAUUUUCAUUGUUGUCGUGUUAGCUUGGAAAGAUUUGCAAUUGACAAGACAACGGUGAUUUUGUGUAAUAAUAAUUCCUUAAUCGAAUGCAUAUUUGUUAUGUAAUAAAUAAGAGUUUUUAAGUU